AUGCCAGUUCUUCACCAGUGGGAUUACCUCUUCGCUUUCGGUGUCCUCGCCGCAGCGCUUGAUUCCUACAACAUCGGUGCUAACGAUGUGGCUAAUUCCUUCGCUACAUCUGUUGGGUCGCGCUCACUGACGCUCCUGCAAGCAUGCUUGGCUGCUGCUGUGAUGGAGUUCCUUGGGGGUGUACUUGUCGGUGCACGCGUCUCUGGCACGGUCAAAAACGGCAUUAUCUCGUUGGCCGCAUUCCAAAAUAAUGCCGGUGUUCAACUCCUUGGUUUCACCGUGGCCCUUUGCUGCUCCGCUAGCUGGUUGAUGAUCGCCACAAGAUAUUCUUGGCCUGUCUCAACCACUUACUCAAUCGUUUCCGCCCUUGCUGGCGUCGGUGUCGCUGUGGGCGGUGCGGAUUCUGUGAACUGGGGAUGGAACGACGGCAAGGGUCUCGCCACCAUCUUCGCCGGCUUCCUCAUAGCCCCCGGUAUCUCUGCAGGCUUCGCUGCUGUUGUAUACAUGCUCACUAAAUACGGCGUCCUCCUCCGCAAAAACCCACUCCGAGCUGGCUUCAUCGCCGCGCCGAUCUUCUUCUUCGGUGUCAGCGCUAUCUUGACCAUGGUCAUUGUUUACAAGGGCUCGCCUACCCUUCACUUGGAUGAAAAGCCACCUAACCAGAUGGCCGCCAUCAUCCUCGGCGCAUCCUCUGUUGUUAGUCUCUUGUCCGUAUUGUUCUGGUUGCCCUAUGUAUAUUGCAAGACAGUCCGCAACGAUUACACUCUUCGCUUCUACCACUUCUUCCUUGGCCCUAUGCUCUGGUACCGUCAACCACCCGCUGACGCCGCCGACGGAGUUGUCUCUGCUGUUCCGGAUUACCGCCACGUGAAAGAAGAAAUUCCCCAGACCGAUAGCAGCCAGCAAUUCCAUGUAGAUGAGGAGAAGGUCUCAGAAACGGGAUCCCAGGAUUUCAAGAGGAUGCCUGCCCCCGAUGCCCCCGCCGUCCCUCCUGCACCACAACCGGCUGCUUUGGCCGCUGUCGACGCUCACCCCAUCGUCGGUGAAUGGUACCUCCCCAAGAAUCUCUGGACAAUUCUGAGGUACAAGUCGGGAUCGUACUUAUGGAAGGCCCUCACGCAUGGCAUGUUGGUUGAUGUCCAUGCCCUCCAGGCCAAUGACAAUCUGGACGACAUGCACAGACGUGCUGUCCAAUACGACAACAAAACCGAGCACUUAUAUUCGUUCAUCCAAGUCAUGACUGCUUGCACUGCUAGUUUUGCCCACGGUGCUAACGAUCUUGGAAACGCCGUUGGACCCUUCUCUGCUAUCUUCGAGAUAUGGCAUACUGGCGUACCUGCCGGGAGGAACAGCACAACACCCGUAUGGAUUCUCGUCGCCGGAGCCUCUUUCCUCGUUCUUGGUCUUGCUACAUACGGGUACAAGAUCAUGGCUACCCUGGGCAAUCGCCUGACUCUCCACUCCCCAUCUCGUGGAUACAGCAUGGAGUUGGGCUCCGCUAUCACAGUCCUCCUCGCCUCCCAAUACGCCAUCCCUGUCUCCACCACUAUGUGCAUAACCGGUGGUACCCUCGGUGUUGCCCUCUGCAAUGGCGACAUCAAGUCGUUCAACUGGAAGCACCUUGGGUGGAUCGUCCUCGGAUGGGUCUUGACUGUCCCGGUCGUCGGCGUCGCUGCGGGAUGUACUAUGGGUAUUAUUCUCAAUGCUCCUCAUUUCGUCUAG